AUGUUCUCCGUCUACCCAUAUACAUCCCUGUCCUGGGCCGUUGCGGUCGUCUUCACCAUCGGCAGUGUAGUCUGGAUCGUCAGCUCAUUCUUCACGUUUCAUCCUACGGCCAACCCUGACUCGGCUUUCCCUGGCGAGGACAACUUUGGUGCGGGACUGACAGCCUGCGUCGGAUCUGCCGUCUUCCUCAUCGGGAGUAUACUGCUUGUGCAUGAGGUAAGACUGAAAUGGCACAAUAAAUCUUCGAGGAUGCACUCCUAACGAGAACAUAGGUCGUCAAUGAGAAUCGAGAGGGAUGUUGGGGAUGGGCACUAGUCAGAGAGCAAAGCGAUGGUCCGGCCAGCUUUCGAGUCGUGCCCGACAAGGAUGAUUCCGAUCCCACCAACUGUGGCGAGACUUGGAGAGACAGCAAAGAUCGAGAACCUGGAGCGGUGAGGACCAAGUGGGCAUGGUGGCCUUCUUGGCAUGACUUCAGAAAUCACUACUUCCACGAGCUUCGCUUCUGGGCAAGUAUGGUCCAAGUCACUGCCAGCGUGGUGUUCUUCUGGUCUGGUAUCACCGCACUACCUGGGCUUCAAGAUGAACUUCAAAAGCAGAAACUCGUGCUCGAGCUCUACUGGACACCCAAACUCAUCGGAUGCAUCGGCUUUGUCAUCUCGGGACUUUUGGCGACCGUAGAAGUUCAGGACGCCUGGUACAAACCAAAGCCUUUCAUUGUUGGAUGGCAGGUGUCGUUCUGGAAGACCGUGGGCAGCAAUCUCUUCCUGCUGUACACCGUCUUCGGCGUUGUGGACAUGCGAUGGUGGAGCGCACUCGCCUGCCUCGUUGGCAGCAUCAUCUUCCUCGCUGUCAGUCUGCUUACCUGGUAUGAGGCGGUCAACAUGGCUUCCUCGGGUCAGCCCCACGAGCCCACAGUGGAUCGGGCUGCGAAUGAGCGCAGCCCAUUGCUCGAGCGAGGAGACGAAGGCGAGGAGCGAGUAUGA